ACGCACUACCUCGGUUACGGCUUUAAGGCUUUUGAAGAAUCAUGUCUGGCCGUGCAAAGCAGGGUGGCAAGGCUCGUGCCAAGGCCAAGUCCCGCUCUUUCAGAGCAGGUUUGCAGUUUCCUGUGGGACGUGUGCACCGGCUCCUUCGCCAAGGGAACUACGCAGAGCGAAUUGGGGCUGGCACACCAGUGUACCUGGCGGCCGUGCUGGAGUACCUGACGGCUGAGAUCCUGGAGCUGGCGGGCAACGCGGCGAGGGACAACAAGAAGACGCGCAUCAUCCCGCGCCACCUGCAGCUGGCCAUCCGCAACGACGAGGAGCUCAACAAGCUGCUAGGCCGCGUGACCAUCGCGCAGGGCGGCGUCCUGCCCAACAUCCAGGCCGUGCUGCUGCCCAAGAAGACCGAGAGCCACCACAAGUCCCAGACCAAGUGACUCCCGCACUUGUGACAGCAGCUAACAGCUUAAAACAAAAAGGCUCUUUUCAGAGCCACCUUUCGUUUUCACGAAAAGUUGUGCAUGACAAUUUUUCUCCUGAACAGGUAUAAUCAAUGACUCAAUUUCAGGCUUCGUUUGACCUCAACCAGCUGUUCAAUUUUAUUAACUCAAGAC